AACAAUGCAGAUAAAAAAUGACACAGACGAUAGACGAAAGGCAGAAAAAAGGACGCAAUUAUGCUAAUGAAAAUUAUGAAAUCAUUGUAUGUCAGCCGCAGAUCAAGGCCACCACAGAAACUACAAUUUUGCGCCGAAGCUAUAGUUAUACUGCCUUCAAAGUUGUUUACAUUAAUGUUAACUUGUGAUAAAGUAUUUUCUAUACAAGUAAAAGGCGGGAUGGCACAUGGGCAAAUACACUAACGCGUCGAGAGACAAUGAGCAUGGCUUGUAAAUUUGUAAUUUCAGUUUAUCAGAAAAUUGGAGUAACCGUGAAAGACAUUUAUAUAUAAUUGCCAACAGGGCGAGAAACUGACUUCCUGCUUAGCAUCAUAGAGAAUGAACUCACGCACACAAAUAUUUACCUGAAAAUGACACUAUGCAUUAUGCAAAAUCCAAAACCCGUCAAUUUGCACCAUCAAAUUAAUCUUAAUCAUGCUGAACUAAUGGGCAUAGUGGCGCUUCCAGAGAUGAGAAACCUGAACUUCUCCGACUAACAACAAGGGAUGCCCCUCUCCUCUAGGUACCGCCAGAAUCCUGCUAUAAUGAUCAAUGUGUGCCUCCUAAAAAGUUUUAUUUCCAAGGAAAAGCAUCUAUAUUUUCUAAGCUAAAUGUUUCUCUUUACAGGUCCCCACUAUGCUUACGCUGGAAAUUGAGGUAAAAUAAAGGUAGUUGCAAAGCCAGUAGGGAAGGGCAUCCUGCUUAGAGGGAGCAACUCCACCUUUUGGUUUCGGGAUUCAAUUUGCACAGAGCACAUAGAAAAUGAAAAUGCUAAAUUUAGUUACAAUCAGAUGACCAAAGACCAAAUCUGGCAGAUUCAAUUGAUGCGCCAAUGUCAUUUCAACUAAAAGCCAGCCAACUUGAACGAAACUACUCAAAUUUAAGCCUUUUGACAAUGUUCUUUUUGCUCGCCGAAAAGCAACUUUGAUUUUCUCCUCUUAAUUACCAAUGGAAUCAAACUUAUCUAAACAAGCAUGAAGGACUCAUAUUUUAAUAAGAAACUGAAGAUUAUAUAUAAAAAAAAAGUGCAACAGCAUAACCCAAGUACGCAAAGAAGUAUACACAAGAGAAAGUAGGCACGAAGCACUCAUAUCAAGGCCACCUUGAAUCCUGCUUUUCUUAAUAAGUAAUUCAUCGCUAAUUAAAACUUUGAAGCUUACUAAAAAAAUUAUUCACGGCACCAAAUACAUCAAAAACCAAAUAAAAAAUGUAUUAUGAAAAUCCACCGAGGUCCAAACUAAAUGGCAUGUGAUGGAUUGAUUUAUACUGCCAAUGGAAUGUCUGAAAACAUAUGAGAGAUCCACCAUCCGGACCAAUGGGUUUAAUUCCAUGAUCAAACUAAUAUAUAGUAAGAUUCACAGCCUGUAUAUCUAUUCACCUAUACCAACGAAAAUUACUAGUUUUGCAAGUUAUAAUUGGAAAACUGCAGGUUGACAAAGAGGGAAAGCAAUAAGCAUCAAUGAAAAAGAUGCAAUGAUACAAAGUGAAAUUUGGGACAAUUAAUGGAAACAAUUCCAAACACUUACUCAUGACCAGGUUGGCAGAUAUAGAUGGGAUAUCUUUCCCAAACAGAUGAAGCAAAAACACAAUUUCACCCCCACCAAAAGCUUCGCUAGGAUGCGUUUGGCACGUGAUUGUAUUGCCACAAAUUUCGAGGUCAAUAAGUAAAUUCCAACUACCCACAUUUGUCCGCUUAUGCAACUGCCUACCACGUGCAUAGCGUUGUCCUUCUCCUUUCAUAAAAGGGAACCAAUUUGUCCAUAGAUAUUCAUGACGUGUAUUACGUAUUUUGUGGCUGGACCUCAAAUAUGUUGACCCAUGGAAGGGUAUUUCAGGCAAUAAUAGUAAAAUAAGAGAGUUCUGGUAAGAAUAUCUAAUCUCAAGUGGGUGUAUCGGGAGAAGUCAAGAAAACCCUAAUUCUUUCAAAACAGGGAAAAGCGUGUUCAUCCCACCGGCAGACAAAAUUGAAAAACACUGUGCAGUUAAUCGGUUCUACUUAGCAUUAUGGUAGCAGAGGAGCUUACAUCACUUUGCAAAAUUGCAUGCCCCAUAGUUGUAUCAAGCCUGCUUUUAUACUUCAAGACACUCAUCUCUAUGCUCUUCUUGGGACAUCUUGGGAAUUCUGAGUUAGCAGGGGCCUCGCUCUCAAUUGGAUUUGCCAAUAUUACAGGCUACUCUGUUCUGAAAGGCCUUGCCAUGGGGAUGGAACCAAUAUGCUGCCAAGCUUAUGGAGCAAAAAAGUGGGAGGUUCUCUGCCAGACAUACAAAAGGACUCAGUGUCUCCUCUUUCUAGCAGCCAUUCCAAUUUCUCUGUUGUGGUUAAACAUGGAGCCAAUCCUACUGUGGCUAGGUCAGGAUCGAAACAUUAUGUCUAUGGCUAAGGUCUAUAUAACAUAUUCUCUUCCAGAUUUGCUAGCCCAAGUCCUCCUUCAUCCCUUAAGAAUUUUCCUAAGGACACAAAGUCUAACGAAACCCCUCACUUUAUCUGCUGUGUGUGCAAUGAUUCUCCACCUUCCUAUCAACUACUGCCUCGUUGUAUACUUGAAUAUGGGGAUGAGGGGUGUUGCUCUAGCCUCAGCCUGGACUACCUUAAACUUGUACUUUGGUUUGCUAGUCUACCUUUUUCAAUCGAGGACGGCACUAAAACCUUGGGAUGGGAAAGCAAAACAUGCAUGCUCUCAAGGCUGGAAACCGCUGCUCACCCUUGCCUUGCCAAGCGUACUCUCUGUCUGUUUGGAGUGGUGGUGGUAUGAAAUAAUGCUGCUACUGUGUGGCCUACUAAGUCAUCCACAGGAAAGUGUGGCUGCAAUGGGAAUACUCAUACAAACAACAGGAUUGCUCUAUGUGUUCCCUCACUCUCUUAGCUUGGGUUUAUCAACACUUGUUGGCCAAGAGUUGGGGGCUGGGCAGCCUGCACGGGCUCAACGGACUACCGUAAUUGGACUCGUUGUGGCGGUUGUGUGCAGUAUACUAGCUUUUGCUUUCACAGUUGCAGUGAGAAAUGGGUGGGGCAAGCUGUUUACAUGUGAAACACAGGUACUUGCUCUAACAUCAAUUGCCCUUCCCAUAUUAGGCUUCUGUGAGCUAGGCAAUUGUCCCCAGACAGCUGCAUGUGGAAUCCUUAUAGGCUCUGCAAGGGCUAAGCUUGGUGCUUGCAUUAAUUUUGGCUCCUUCUACCUAAUUGGUUUGCCAGUUGCAGCACUCAUGAGUUUUACAUUCGAGAUGGGCUUUGUGGGGUUAUGGUUUGGUCUCGCAGCAGCUCAGAUUUCAUGUAUGUGCAUGAUGAUCUGUGCUUUGGUUUCAACUGAUUGGAAGAACCAAGUAAAUAGGGCCAGGGAACUGACUCAAACAACUGAAGGUAACGGCACUGAUUUGGAAGCCAACCUCAUCGGCUGACUUUGCUUUGUAGUAGUUGAUUAAAUAAACUCCUUGUACUAUGAGAUGACAUAGUCCUAAAUGGAAAAAAUAU